AUAAUUCUGAGGCAUCUGAUAGUGCUCUUGGUGCAUUUGAGGAAAAUAACACUUAUAUACUUCUUUGGAGGUCAUCACAUAUUGAUUCUACAUGUUCAUUUGCUAUAUCGGCAUAUUGUAUUUAUGGUUUUUGGUUACCAUUUCAACAUGAUGAAUAUCAAAAUAUGGAUGACCCUUGUAGAAUUAUCAAUGUGAUAUUUCGUCCGUUAUAUGAACCUUAUAUAAAAAUGAUAUGUUUAAAAAAUGAUAAUUUUAUAUUGAAAAAUAGUACUAUACCAAGAAUUCCUGGGUAUUAUGCAAGGAUCGCUACGUGUCUAGCAAGGUCUCACGAAAAAGAGAUCAUCUGGAUAGGAACUUCACAGGCCCAGAUUAUAUGCUUUAAAGAUAAUAAUAAUACAGGAGAAAUGAAACUUUCUUGGUGUACUGUCAUUACUGGAAUGCCUUCAUUGAUAGCUCUUAGAAAGCAGAUUCGAUUGGAUAAACGAGUUACAAAUUGUGAGUCUGUCUUGAUUGUCCAAAUUGUAGAUGGCAGAAAUAUCAUAAUUAAUUCAGAAAGUGGAAUUAUAAUGCAAGAAAUUUCAUCAGAUUAUAGCGUCGUUAUUGGUGAAUUUUCUCAAAUUGGAUUUAACGAAAUAAUACUCGUGCCUCAUUCACUUGGAAUCAAUGCAUCAUCCUUGAAAAUGAUCCAUUUAAAUAAUUUACAAGAGAAUGAUAUAUCAUCGGAUAAUAAUGUAACUCAAGUCAAAGAUGCUUCACACAUGAGUUCUCUUAUCGAUUCCCUUUCUAAUAGAAUAUAUGAUGGGACAGCACAAACAAGGAAAAUUAAAGAAAUGCUAGAACAAAAACAUAACCUCCUGGCACAUUGUGAUUCAUUACUUGAAUGCCUUUCUGAUAUAUUUGCAUUUUAUCAUCUUCAUCAAGUGACAUUCAAAAAGAGAAAUUUAUCCAUUAACAAGUCUAUUGGAAAGUUACUUCCACUUCUUGUCGAUACACCAAUUAUGUUGGAAGAUAUGAAUGAGUCCACUAUUAAUAAUAAUCAAUACCUUCGUGUAUUGGAAGCUAGAGUCGUUUAUGGUGAAAUGAGCAAAAAAGAUAAAAUAUUGAUUGAGGUCUUGGUUCAAAGUCUUGCUUGCCAAGAGCUUUAUGCUGUGCAUUUGACUGCCUAUCUUAAAAACACAUCCAAGUUUGUUUCGUCACUAAUUAGAAUACGUUCCUCUUGCAUCGAAAUACUUCCAGCUGAACAAGAAGGGAUAAUAACAGCAUUGGUAGAUUUACCACUUGACCUUAUCUUGAGUGGCCUAGAAUUUGGUAUAUUACUAUGGUACCAAACAAUAGCAAAAUCUGACAUUGAUCAAUCAGCGUGUUCGUUUGAAGAUUAUGAGUGGCAUUCAUUGUAUGUCGAUAACAUUCGAACAACAAAUACUAUGAAAAAUGUUCAAGAGUUUAGAUCCGCCGAUGAAAUGUGUCGAUUAAUAUUAUUACGGCCAUACUACAAUGCUAACGAAAAUGAUAAUAAACGUCAGAUGAUGAUAAUACGUUGUCAAAAUGAUCGACGCUUGAUCUCCACACUAAAAACCUUAUUACGCCUGAUAGUUUCAGUUCCUUCACCAGUAUUCACAUCGAAUCAAAGUUUAAAUAAUCUCAAUUCACUAAUCGAUACCUUUGAGGAUAUAAUCGGCUUAAGUCCUGAACAUAAAGUUAAUAGUCAGAUACAAGAUUCAAGACGCAAACUAUGUACGAGAAUGGCGGCCUGGCUAUCUACUUUAUAA